GUGUCUGCCAAGUUCCAGGUGGAGAAAAGAAGCCAGUCACAGUCGAGAAGCACGCUGUGCAAUUUGCACCCAGCAGGGAGUGGAAUGUGGGACUCCUGCCUUCUGGAGCGUAAGUUGAGGGAUGGUGUCGCUGUCCUUGGUCCUGCAAGUGAACUCCACAACCGGCAACUCCACGCGUUCAGACGUGUUGCUGAGCAGGAAGACGCGCAGGGAGGCUGGCGUUCAAAUCAGCGAAAGCAGCAGCAGUCGACGCGUCGUCUUUGCAGCAGCAUCAGCAGCACAGACGACACCUGUCACUUUUCUUCUGGAAACCACACAUAUUUCAUAUUUCUUGUCUUGCAAGAAAAGGAGGAGGAGGCGACGAUCUUCACCCCCACAUGGCUUCGUCCUGUGCACAAUUUGGCGGUCGGGAGCGUUACGCAUCGUGUUUGUGUUCUCAUGUCCUCUGUCCAUGAAUUGUUGCAGGACCCUUGAUGCUACAGUGUGUCCUGAGAGGAGGCAGUGCAUUAUAGACAACACACACACACACACACACACACACACACACACACACACACACACACACACACACACACACACACACACACACACACACACACACACACACACACACGGGGAGAGAGGAAGACCUUCGGAGGACACGAUGAAAGAUUUGAUCCUGGCUCUGAUCCUCCUGCUGCCUCUGGUCUCCUCGGAGUCGGAGCAUUGCAUCAUCAUGCGAGAACAUGAGAAGUGCAUGGAGAGGAUGGCGAUGCACAACCCCAGCGAUGACUUGGACAUGAUGUGUCCGUGGCUGUGGGACAACCUGACCUGCUGGCAGGCGGCCAGCGUGGGUGAGGUGGUGGUGGUCAACUGUCCAGAGUUCUUCCACGAACUCAUGGGCCCGGAGGACGAGAUGGGGACGGUAAGUCGCAACUGUACUGAGGACGGAUGGUCAGAACCUUUCCCUCACUACCUGGACGUCUGUCUCUUUUACGACAACGCCACUAAACCGGACAUGUACUACGCAUCAGUCAAGGCUCUGUACACUGUCGGCUACAGCACCUCUCUGGUGUCUCUCACCACCGCCAUGGUUAUUCUCUGCAGGUUCAGGAAGCUCCACUGCACCAGAAACUUCAUCCACAUGAACCUCUUUGUGUCCUUCAUGCUGAGAGCCAUCUCUGUCUUCAUCAAGGACGGAGUUUUGUACGCACAAGAAGACAGCGACCACUGCUUUGUACACACGGUGGCGUGUAAAGCUGUGAUGGUUUUCUUCCACUACUGCGUCAUGUCCAACUACUUUUGGCUCUUCAUUGAAGGCCUUUACCUCUUCACUCUGCUGGUGGAGACUUUCUUUCCUGAGAGGAGAUACUUCUACUGGUACACCAUUGUUGGCUGGGGAACUCCCACUAUUUGUGUAACUGUCUGGGCCGUCCUCAGGCUCCAUUUUCACGACACUGGAUGCUGGGAUACAAAUGAGAACACUGCCCUCUGGUGGGUGAUCAAGGGACCUGUCGUGGCCUCCAUCAUGAUCAAUUUUGUGCUCUUUAUUGGAAUCAUCAUCAUCCUGGUGCAGAAGCUUCAGUCUCCGGACAUUGGCGGCAAUGAAUCCAGCAUUUACCUCAGCUGUGCUCAGAAAUGCUUCAGUGAGCCCUCACAGGCUGUUCAACAUUCGUGCAGGAUGUCAGAGUUAUCCACCAUCACGCUGCGUCUGGCUCGCUCCACCCUCCUGCUCAUACCACUCUUUGGAAUUCACUACACCGUCUUUGCCUUCUCACCCGAGGACGUCAGCAAGAGGGAGCGUCUGGUCUUUGAGUUGGGACUAGGAUCUUUCCAGGGUUUCGUGGUGGCUGUCCUUUACUGCUUCCUCAAUGGAGAGUUUCUCCCUGAAGGUGCAGUCAGAGAUCAAGAGGAAAUGGCGCAGCUGGACCGUGAACCGGUACUUUGCUGUGGACCUGAAGCAGCAGAGGCAUCCUUCGUUGGCCAGCAGCGGAGUGAACGGCGGGACGCAGCUGUCCAUCCUGAGCAAGAGCAGCUCCCAGAUACGCAUGUCCAGCCCCCUGGCGGAGAGCGCCAACAUCAGCCUGCCCACCUGAGCGUGUGAGCGCCACAACGACAAGCCGCCACGCGGUCUCCAUGAAUCCUCGCCAGGCGGAAGAGACCAAAGCGCCGCACACACAAGUAGAGUACUCCUAAAGUUAUUAGUGCCAGCAUUUUUCUUAUCCAACCAUUCAUUUUCACACCUCAAUUACUUCAAUUUUUGUCGAGGCUUUACAAAUUCACUUUUUUCAACCUUUUUAAAGCUAUUUUAAUGAACUGUGAUCGUACUGUAGGGGUCCUAUUUGGCUUUGUGUACAGUCAGUGUGCUUCAAAGUGCCAUAGAAGUCGCCUGAAUGGAGUCCAAAGGUUUAAAACACACACACACACACACACACUUGCCUCGCUUGUACAUAUAAUGCUCAUUGUUUAAAUGUUGCAUUUUGCUUUUUUCUACAAACAGCCGUAAAGUACCGAGUAUGUCAAAAGAUAGACGCAAAGCAAAAAAAAAACAAAAAAAAAACUCAUGGAUUUUGUAAAUAGAUGGUUAGAUUUCUUUCUUUAAUCAUUAGUUUUGCAUUGUAUUGAAACAAAAAAAAAGAGCCCAAAUCUGUAGAAAGAAAGCAGGAAUAUAAAAAUAAUCAAUGUCAGGGGUGUCCAGAUGUUAUCAACGUCAAAAUUGUACACGUUAGAUAUAUGCUAAAAAUAAAAAUAAUAAUAAUACCGUAUUUUUCGGACUAUAAGUCGCAGUUUUUUUUCAUAGUUUGGACUUAUGUGUGAAAUGACUAACACAUUAUAAUAUUAUUGAUCUCAUUCACGUAAGAGACUAGACCGGGGGGUCGGCAACCCGCGGCUCUAGAACCGCAUGCGGCUCUUUAGCGCCACCGUAGUGGCUCUCUGGAGCUUUUUCGAAAAUGUAUGAAAAAAGGGGGAAAAAAUACAUAUUUUUUGUGUUAAUAUGGUUUCUGUAGGAGGACAAACAUGACACAAACCUCCCCAAUUGUUAUAAAGCACACUGUUUGUAUUAAACAUGCUUCACUGAUUCGAGUAUUUGGCGAGCGCCGUUUUGUCCUACUAAUUUUGGCGGUCCUUGAACUCACCGUAGUUUGUUUACAUGUAUAUAACUUUCUAGGACGUGUUUUAUGCCACUUCUUUUUCUUUCUCAUUUUGUCCACCAAACUUUUAACGUUGUGCAUGAAUGCACAAAGGUGAGUUUUGUUGAUGUUAUUGACUUGUGUGGAGUGCUAAUCGGGCAUAUUUGGUCAGAGCAUGACUGCAAGCUAAUCGAUGCUAACAUGCUAUUUAGGCUAGCUAUAUGUACAUAUUGCAUCAUUAUGCCUCAUUUGUAGCUAUAUUUGAGCUCAUUUAGUUUCCUUUAAGUCAUAUUAAUUCAAUUUAUAUCUCAUGACACACUAUCUGUAUGUAAUAUGGCUUUUAAUUUUUUUUUGCGGCUCCAGACAGAUUUGUUAUUGUAUUUUUGGUCCAAUAUGGCUCUUUCAACAUUUUGGGUUGCCGACCCCUGGACUAGACGUAUAAGAUUUCAUGGGAUUUAGCGAUUAGGAGUGACAGAUUGUUUGGUAAACGUAUAGCAUGUUCUAUAUGUUAUAGUUAUUUGAAUGACUCUUACCAUAAUAUGUUACGUUAACAUACCAGUUGCUUAUUUAUGCCUCAUAUAACGUACACUUAUUCAGCCUGUUGUUCACUAUUCUUCAUUUAUUAGGGCCCGCAUGGCCCAUUGUAUAAGGACUCCCAAAGGGAGUCCUUAUGCAAUGGGACAUAAUUUAUUAGGGCCCGCAUGGCCCAUUGUAUAAGGACUCCCAAAGGGAGUCCUAUUGAAUUUGUAAGGUUUUAUUAUUAUUAUUCUUCCACAACUUUGCGCUGAAAUUUGACCCCCUUAACAUACUUCAAAACUCACCAAAUUUUACACACACAUCAGUAAUAUACGGCAAAACUUUUUAUCAAAAAACCAAACCUCAAAACUCAAAAUUGCGCUCUAGCGCCCCCUAGGAAAAAAAAACUAGACUGCCUGUAACUCCCACUAGGAAGGUCGGAGAGACAUGAAACAAAAACCUCUAUGUAGGUCUGACUUAGACCUAGUUUUCAUAAUUGUAUA